GGAACAGAAUUAAGGUCUCAUUGUCGUCUCAUAUUUAGUUAGAACGUUACAUACAACAAAAUGGAUAAUUGCAAAAUUAUGAUAAUUUGGGUGUUAAUGAUGGUAGUAAUUAGCAACAUGAAUUUAAUUAGCUUAGUAGAUGCACAAGUGGCUCCACCUUGUGCUGAUAAGAUAUUACCAUGCAUGGAUUACCUUAACUCAACAAACCCACCAGACAUAUGUUGCAAUCCAGUUAAAGAUGUUUUUGAUGCAACACAAGAAGCAUGUUUUUGUCAACUUGCAAUUCCUGGCUUACUUGAAGGUUUUGGUGUUAAACUAUCUCAAGCUUUGGCAGUUCUUCAUGCAUGCGGUGUCAAUUUUGAUGUCAACUCUUGCAAAGCUUCUUCUCCAGCUCUUUCUCCAUCUUUGGUGCAACAACCACCAGCAACACCAGGAAGUGAUGAAGGAGGAGCGGCUACGACCGUUUUAAUCAAACUCUAUUUCAUACCGUUCAUUUGGGUAUCCAUGUGUUUUUAUUAGGAAGAAGAAAUUUGUAUUUUGUUGGUUAAUUUAUUCUAUAAAAUUAAAAAGAUAUAUGUAAAUGUAUUUGUAAUUUCAGCGAGUUUUUUUUUCUUUUUUUGGUACAAAAUUUCAACGAGUUAGACUUUCAAAAAUUAAAAUAGAUGUUUGCGUAAUUAUUUAUCUU